UCCAAAUAGCGAAACAGCAAUGUUCGAAAUAAUUAUAAGGUGUAUUGAGUCGAUGAAAUUUGAACGGGUUUCGUUCGUAAUACUAAACCUUAACUCGUUCGAAUACGCGAUUUCAGCACUUAAUCCGUACAUCCCGUUGAAAUCGCUCAAACGGGUUGGACAUUUCAAAGUGCUGAAUUUUGUCAACAAACAGAAGCAGCAAUAUCCAACAUGACUACAGCACGAGCAUUGCAAGCCGUAUUAGAUGGAUCAUAUGAAAAUGACAAAAAACUUGAUAUCAUUAUUCAACUUUGCAAUUCCAAUAAAUGCAAUUCCAGUGUUGUAUUUGAAAAAAUUAUUGAUUGGCUGAUUAAUUGCAUUACAAAUAAAAGCUGUGGAUCAUCAUCUGAUAUUUUUUCUCUAUGGCGAGUCUUGCAUAAAGUUUUAACAAACCUACAAGUGACAACAGAUGAUCAAGCUGCAUGCUUAAAAAGUAGAUAUAUUAAGGUUUUUAUUGAAGAAAUAAAAAAUUUUAAUAAUCAAUAUGAACUGCUGGAUCUCAUUUUCAACUGUAUUACAAUAUUUUUGAAGUUGGCAUCUAUCUAUGGCGCUCUGGUUUUCGACAGUAAUACUUUGCUUUCUCUUCUUUUUGUGACCUUAGACGCAUGUUGCGAAUAUUACAAAGAAAAUUCAACGUUUAUAAAAGAGUCAAAAUCUCUCAUCUAUAUAAUUUUAGAGACAUUAAACAGUUUACCCAAUGCUUCAAAUGAAUCAAAGUUGCCAGCAUAUAUUGAUAAUAUUAAAGUCAUAUCUACAUUUGUGUAUUUUGCCACAUGUCAUGUUGAUUAUUGUCCACUUAGCUAUGAUAUUGUUAAAAACCUGACUGGAAUAGUUUUCAAUUCAAAGACUGGGUCAUUUAAAAGUCUGUUAACACCAGAAGCUGAUUCUGAAGAUGCCCCAAAAGAACCAAAUGUCCAUAUCUUGGCUUUUUUUGAUAAUUUGCAAAAACUAUUUAAGAAACAGAAAAUAUACGGAAAUAUUUCCGGAUGUGUUGUAGCUUCAGCUUUAAUUAAAGAAAUGAUGUCCUGUACCUUAAAUCAGAAUAGAUCAGACCUGGACCCUUUAUCAAUUUUAGCCCUUCUUUGUGCUGCUUGUGGCUUUGAUAUUCCUCUGAUGAUAUCUACUGAUUCCUGCUGCAAUAAUAUUUUGAAAGUUAAUCGUUCUGAUAGUUCCAUGUUUUUACCCUUAAGUAGCCUUCUCGAAGCCUGUGAACAACAUCCAGAAUACUUCUUGCUUUCAGUAGUUCCAGAAGGCUACUUGAAGCCAUCUGAUUGGCUUGAAGGUAUAUUGGCUGGCCUGUUGGAUAUGAAACCCACGGAAAAUUUGUUAUAUUGGCUAAAAUGCUUCCGAAGCCUUACUAAAUUGUCUGUUUCUUUAGUGGAGAAAAAUCUGACUGAUUUUGUUAAAUUAUGUCUCCUUGACAUAGAUAUAGCAAAUAAUGAAAUCAAACAAGAGUUUUGUAGAUAUUUUAUUCAAAUUGUUACACUAUACUCAAGACUAAAUCAGCUUCCCAAAUUUUAUGUGAAACUUCUUUUAAAUUUAACUGAAUGCAUUAAAAACGACACUUUUGGUGAACUCAUAACAAGAGGUCAGAUAUAUCCAGAGAUACUCCAAACUUUAGCACAGCAAUUUCAAGACCUUUCAUUUGGACAAAUUCUUGAUUUGGGAAAGAUAUUUGCUGAAAUUUACACUACCUUUGCAAAUUUGAAUCAAUUGUUUGCUUCUGGAAAAGGUGCAUUAUUCUUUUUUUCUCAAAUAUUUUCUUCGUUUCUUGUACACACCAAAUUAUUUGAUGAAGAAGUUCCAGAUAGUGUGUAUCCAAAGUUCAAAGAUCUAGUGCUAUAUAUAACUGAAGAAUUAAAGAAGAAUGUAUCUGUCCUUUAUAAAGAAAAGAAAGAGGUGCAGCAGCUUCAAAGAUCUUUCUUAUUGUUAUGUUAUGCUCUUGGAGAAAUUAAAAUUGCCAGUUAUUGCUGUGCUGAUGAACCUUCAGAAGAUUUAUUUACAAUGAAAAGUUCAAACAAUGCACUUGAUUGUUCCCUUGUACAUAAUUUCUUUGAGGAAGGUCAUGCUGAUUAUUUACAAUCAUUUUGGGAAAGUGAUGAUAAAAUUCUAAGUUUACUAGUUUUCCAACUUAUGAUUCAAAAAGCAAAAUGUCUUCUUUGCAAGAAGGAUGCUUCUGAGGAUGAAAAGUCUCAUCUACAGUUGGUUGUCUUGACUCUCAUACAACAUGCUCAAGAAAACACAUCUGCAAGUGCAUCAUGGGACUUAGAUAUGUGUACCCUUGAUACAAGUAAUUAUGGUACAGCUGUGUGGAGAUUACUUCUAAAGCUCAUUCCCCUUGUCAUCAAUAUGCUGAAUCAUAAACAACUUCUCUCACUUUGCCAUUCUUUCCACAGUGUCAUUUUAAACGGCCAAGAAAUUGAUGAUAAAUUUAGUUUAAGCCAAAUUGCACUGUCGCACGUAAAAAGUGGGUUCUUUUUGGAAUCAAAGUCUUUUCAGUCUGCCUUUGUUAUGUCAAUGUGGAAGAGUGAAGAUUUGAUUUUGUCUAGGAAAAGGGUAAGUGAGGAAUUAUUAUCUGAAGAUGUAACAUUGAACGAUGUACUACUGAAGUUGAACAGUUUUCGAGGCAAAUGGAUGAAAUAUGCACAAACAACACCAAAAUGCCAAAAGGGAGAAACGUACAACCCUUUAUGGACUGGCAUUAAAGAAUCGUGUGAACUUCUGAAUCAAGUAUUGUUGAACGAUUCCUUAUGCAACCUUAAGAUGAAGCCACAACUUUUCAAUAAAAUCAAGCUAAUUGAGUGUUUACCUCUUGAAUAUCUACUGCCAGGAAAUCAAAUGCAAUGUCUUGUUGGACUCUCUGUUUUAUUUUUUCUCACUCCUGACUUAGGUCAUAAAGACAAUGUUUCUAAACUUGCUGAACAAAUAGCAACUCAAAUGGUCAAAAUUUUUGAUGGUGUUAGAAGUAUAUGGCUGUUUGAUUUUGUGACAAGUGGACCUUUUCUUCAAAAAAUCGUCCUUACAACCACUAAACUUGUGGAACAGGAUAAGUGUCAAGAAAUAAAACCAUGGAUGAUCUAUCUUUUAGAAAGUGUUGUUAAAGAAAUUUCCAGGAAUCAUAGCACUUUUUCGGAUUUAGAAUUCUAUCUUACAAAGAAUAAAAAAUCUACUAAGAGUGAAACCGAUGUGGUAUUUCUUUUGUCUCUAUCUGUGAUUUUGGAAAAGCUGUCUCAGCUGUAUCGAAGAUCAUAUCUUUCACCUGCUCUCAAAGAAACUCGUCAUAAGAUAUUCAAUAUGAGUGGACAUUGCUUUAUAAAGUAUUUAAAAAGUUAUAAAGCUAGCUCCAAUGAAUAUAUUCUUGAAUAUCUAUUGUCGUGUUAUACAGCAUUGAUAGAAACUAUACAUUUACCUGAUUGUGCUGUUGAUUCACGAGUGAAAGAUCACUGUUUAGAAGAAAUACCUUGCAGAACUGCACUGUCUAUUGAAAAGCUCUCUGAUAAAAAAGCAAAAUCUGAAAUCUACUUGAAAUUCAUUGCAAAGCUUUGUUGCCUAAAAGACGCAUUAUCAAGUUAUCUUCCUGAAGAUUUUCCUCUACUUUCAUGGAAAGCAAUAAUUUUGAACCUAGAAAACAGAGGACACUUUUCUACGAAAGAAAUAACAUCAAAUUUAAAUAACUCUACUGGGCAUUCCUGUGAUAUCUGUACUUCAAUAUCAAAAAAAUCAACUGCUACAAACAGUAUUAUUCUUCAAGAAUAUGAAGUCUGUGCUCUACAGUCGGUUUGUAGUGUUAUGAAUGGUGAACAAUUGAACGACAGAUUUAUAAAUAUAGCCAAUGAUAUAGCAAAAAUCAACAUCCAGUCACUAGACCCAGCAUCUCUUCAAAUGAAUAUAGAAAUUUUAAAACAUUUAAUAGAAUCAUGCACAAACAAGGAAGAAGUACCACUCUCAUCUCAGUCUCUCACCAAUUUGUUAUUUCAUCUUCAUUACAUAAUGAAUCAACUCUGCCAGUCUCCAUAUCUGUUGUACAUGGUAAAAAUCCCUGUGUUUGAAUUUCUACAUUUCCUUGUAAAGAAACGAUCUUCUUGUAUUCCAAAACAGUGCCUUAUUCCAUGUCUUCAUUCCUGCCUAAGUGUGAAACUAGAUCAUAUGGGACCCAAUGUUUUAGAUUUCACAAAAGCUUUUACAGCUAUUUGGAAUAUUGUUUAUGAUAUUUUGCUACACCAUCCUGGUAUUGUUCUAUCAUCAAGGGCUGCAUAUUUAUCAUUUGUUUCAAUGCUCUUAAAAUCCAUUGUGAAAUCAGGAUCUCAAGAUACCAUCUCCACCUGUGAUAAAAAUAGCCAACAUCAACUGCAGCUGUGUGCUCAAAAUAUGGAUAGACUUUUGACAGUUCUCACCAGACAUAAAAUAGAAUUAUCCAAACUAGUACCUUACCUUGUUGCUGAUUAUUUAGACAGUAUUCAAGAUAUUACUCUAGAUUCUAGCAUAAAGGUUCAUUUAAUAUCUGGUAUUAAUAGAGUACUUGAUUUAUGUACAGAAGACUCUCUGAAAAUGUUAUCUGUCAAUUUAAAUCACAGCUGCCGUGACAUGUUUUCUAAUAUUGUUAAAAAUCAUAGCCAACAUAAAUAUCACGGAACUGUAUAGGCAUUUAUUGAUGUAUGAUUUUAAAUGUAAAUUAAAGUAUUUUAUACAAUGUU